CAGGGCAUAAGAAGAAACUUCACCCUUUUACUACCAGAACACUCAAGGCUGCGGUCGCUGCUCCUGCACCUUCACACCGACGACUGGAUACAUAACCAAUCAUCCAGAGAACGCGUACAUCCGGGACACUCGUUUUAUUUUGAGAAACAAAAAAUAAAAGUGUUUGUAAUAUGGGAGAGGAAAAAAUAAUUUUUUUAACUGUUUGGAUAAUUUUGGGAAACGUCCUUGCAACUUUGUCUGACACCACAACCGAGUUUGCAGUGAACACCACAGUUGCCACCGUUUCCACCACUCCUUUGUCGACCACCACUGAAUGGCUCACAGACUACACUGACAUCCAGUCCAAGUUCUCCCUGCGUUCGGUGGAGGAGCCCGAGGAUGACCUCUGCUACAUUGUGGCCGGGAAACCAGAGAGCAUCGAAGUGUGUCACUUCAACUCAGAAACGCAGACCUUCAUUGUGAUCCAUGGCUGGACGGUUACAGGGAUGUUUGAGAGCUGGGUGCCCAAACUGGUGACGGCCCUCUACGACCGCGUGCCCAACGGAAACGUGAUUGUGGUGGACUGGCUCGCCCGUGCCAGCCAGCACUACACCACCUCUGCUGAAUACACCAAGCUGGUGGGCCGUGACGUUGCCAAGUUUAUAACCUGGAUCCAAAAAGAGCUGCAGUUACCCUGGGAGAGGAUCCAUGUGCUGGGAUACAGUCUUGGAGCGCAUGCGGCCGGGGUUGCUGGAAACCUCACAAACCAUAAAAUCAGCAGGAUCACAGGUCUGGAUCCAGCUGGUCCCACCUUUGAAUAUGCAGAUGAACAGAGCACGCUGUCCCGUAACGACGCCAAGUUUGUGGACGUCCUGCACACCAACACCUUAGGGUCCCCAGAUCGCAGUAUUGGCAUCCAGAGGCCCGUGGGCCACAUCGACAUUUACCCCAACGGCGGCACUUUUCAGCCGGGCUGCAGAAUCCAGAACAUGCUGCUGGACAUUGCAUCGCAAGGAAUCAAGGGCUUCCAAAAUAUGGACCAGCUUGUUAAAUGUUCACACGAGCGCUCCAUCCAUCUUUUCAUCGACUCUCUGCUGAACACGCAGCAGCAGAGCAUGGCCUACCGCUGCAACUCCAACCAGGCCUUCAACAAGGGAAUGUGUCUCACCUGCAGGAAGAAUCGCUGCAACAAGAUUGGCUACAACAUCAACAAGGUCCGCACAGCGCGCAGCACCACGAUGUACCUGAAGACCCGUGGGGAGAUGCCAUUCAAAGUUUUCCAUUACCAGGUGAAGAUGCAUGUCUUCAGUAAGGACAAACUCAACUUCACAGAGCAGCCAAUUAUCAUUUCUCUGUAUGGAACCGAAGGAGAGAAGGAAGGCAUUUCCUUUGUCUUACCAGACAUAAACUACAACAGCACGCUGUCUUUCCUCAUCACCACUGACACCAACAUUGGAGAUUUGAGGAUGGUGAAGCUGCGCUGGGAGAAGGACUCUCUCUUCAGCUGGUCAGACCUCUGGAGGAGCAGCACAUUUCAUAUUCGGAAAAUGCGUGUCAAAUGUGGGGAGAACCAGUCCAGGAUGAUCCUGAGUUCGAAGGACGAUGAGUUCGCAUUCCUCAUCAGAGGAGGCGGAGAUGCAGUGUUUGUCAUGACAAAAGACAUCACGAGCCGCAGGGAGAAAUUAGGGCACAAGCGGAGAAUGAAGGGCACUCUUUUUGGACAGAACGAUGCCUGAAGUUGCACUUGGCCCUACAACACCGUGCACAUUACCCAUGCACCUCCACAUCCAUGACCAAAGACGAGCAGCGACUAAUUUUUCUGCGACCCCCUGUACAAAAACACCCGACCUCGUUCACACUGCGGAAAAAUCUGCUUCUUCCUGUCUUUGAACCUGUUCAAAUGUGAUAAUGUGCUCACGGUGUUACAACAGUCAAACUCUUGGUUGCUUCUGCUGCAUAUCAUUGUAAUCAACUGUUUUUCUCUUAUUAGCCUCUGUGUACUGUUUCUACAGAUAUUUGUGUCAAUUUCAAACUCUGAUGCAAUUUGUGUUUGUUUGGUUUUUUUUGCUUAUGUGAACUUGCAUUGUUGUUGCUGUAACAAUGAUUCUGAGUGACAGGCAUCAUUUUAGGCACAUUUGUGUUUAUUUCUUAAUGUGCAAGAUCAUCACCUUGUCCCUAACGCUUACUUUUAACCACUAACUGCCUACAAUCAUCAGGGACCAAAGAAAUAUUUACUGUCUACUGAAAACAAAUCAUGGUGGUUAAUGUACAUACUUUUUAAAUCAGUAUUAUAUAUAUAUAUAUAUUUUUAAGUAAGAGUCAUGUGUUUUUUAUUUUUUCUCUUGAAGUUCAUUCUCUGAAUGCAUUUGGAUUAUUGUGUCACUGGUCACUUUAAAAACCUCUUUGUCCCCAGAAACUAAACUUAGAGUCACAGUGUGGAAUGGAAUGCGUUCUUGACAUUUAGAUUUAUUUUUUAAUGAAUUGAAACCAGGAUCUUUUUUGUGAUUUGGUAAGAACUAAUUGCACCUAAAACCCUGUUAGUGGUUCAAAAAGAAUCUCAUAUAAAACAGUAUAAUCUACAGCAAACCAUUCUCUAACAACAAAAGGCGUAGUUUAGCAUGAACUAGCCUGAUAGCUCCUCCGAUGGGUCAUUUUGUAUUUAUUAAAUGUACAUGUAUACAUUUGUAUAUCAAGCUGUAAUAUCUUUUUUGGCGAGCUUCUCUUGACAUUUGUGUUUUUGAAAUGAAAGGACUGUGAUAAUUUACCACAGGCUUCAGGGACACAGACCAGACUCUCAAUAAAAAGCCAUAGAGAGCUUUGACUUAUUUGAACUGAAAUGCAGUGCACUGUAUGAAGAAGGAGCCUGAGAAGGCUGAAUAAAAAAAGUAAAACCCUCA